CCGCAUAACGUUGAAUAAAAAACAAGGUUUCUUUUGUAUAGAAAAAUCGAACAAGAAUCAGAGCAUAUAUUAGUAAUAUAUUUGAUGAAAUAUAGGCGGUGAAUCUUGUGAUCUUCUGUGUUGUAAUCUUCAGCUGUGUUGCUUUUGGUUGAAAGAGUUGAGAGAAGAAUCAAAAUGGGUACUGCAUCAGAAAUUGUGGCGAAAUUGAAUUUGAAACCUCAUCCAGAAGGCGGUUUUUACUCUGAAACUUUCAGAGACAAGUCCGUUCAUCUCUCCAAAUCUCAUCUCCCACCGGAGUACAAGGUUGAUCGAGAGGUCAGCACGUGCAUAUACUUUUUGGUGCCGUCUGGAUGCAUUUCUGCUCUUCAUCGGAUUCCAUGUGCAGAAACUUGGCAUUUUUACUCGGGAGAACCUCUUACGAUACUGGAGUUGAAUGAAGAGGACGGUCGAGUCAAAUUUACUUGUCUUGGGUCUGAUUUCAUUGGAAGCAAUCAUUUACUUCAGUAUACAGUGCCUCCUAAUGUCUGGUUUGGUUCUUUUCCAACCAAGGACUUCAAUAUUUCUGCAGAUGGGACUGUGACUAAAGCUGCUCCAAGGGACUCUGAGAAUCACUACUCACUUGUGGGCUGCAGCUGUGCACCUGCUUUCCAGUUUGAGGACUUCGAAUUGGCUAAACGUUCUGACCUUGUUUCUCGUUUUCCCGAUAGUGCGCCUUUCGUCUCUUUGCUCACGCUAGAUGCCUGAUUCGACUGAGGAAUAUAGAGCCUUUUUCUGGAAACUAUUGCUUAGAUUCUAAUGAUGAGGAUAUCUGGAUUGUAUGCUGUGAUUUUGAACUUUUUCUAUUUUUAAUAUUGUGCUGUAGUUUGAGGAUUUAAUGCAGUAGAUUGUGUUCUAGUGGAUCUCUUUUUUGGCUAACUUAAGCUAAUGAAAACAAAAAAAAGGCUCUUUUUUGGGACGAA